CCAGUUUUUGAUAUUGGGCGUUCGAGCACAGACUAUAAUACAAAAUCUUUGACUGGUCUCAAAGGCAAAAGAUGGAAAGAUAUUCGUAGCAUUAUAACUCCAACAUUUACAACUUCGAAAUUAAAAAUGAUGUAUCCCAUAAUCAGCCAAGCUGUUGAUGAAUUCGUAGAAACAGUAGAAAAAAAGUGUGAAGAAGGGAAGCCUUUUAAUAUUUAUAAAUUAUACCAAAAUCUCACAAUGGAUGUAAUUGCAAGGACGUCUCUUGGCGUGCAUACAAAUGCUCAAAAAGACGAAAAUGAACCUUACCUGAGACACUCUAGAGCUGCAUUUUCUUUAGAAAUGGGCUACUUUCUCCUGUUUGCUUUUUCUUUUCCAGAAAUAAGUGGGUUUUUCUCUUUUUUGAGACGCAUGUUAUUACGCUUACGCAAUAAAGGACAAGACCCGCGCAGACAGUUGCUACAAAAUACAAAAGAAGUUAUUCUUUCAAGAAAGACUGAUCCAAAGAAAGAAAGAAAGGAUUUGCUUCAAUUAAUGAUUAAUGCUCAAGCAUCAAAAGAAAAUAUAAGUGACAGUCUUUUAACUGCUGGAGAAAAUGAUGAACAAGUCCAAAAUGAUAACCUAUUGCAAAAAGAUCAGAAAAAUAUGCGUAAAAUGACUGACGAAGAAAUCGCUCAUAAUGCUGUCAUAUUUCUUUUAGCUGGUUAUGAAACUACAAGUGCAGCUCUAGCGUUUAUUACACAUUUGUUGGUGCGUCAUCCAGAAGUCCAAGAUAGAGUUAGAGAAGAAAUCAACCAGUAUUUGAAUUCAGAUAAAGAAGCUUUGAGCUAUGAAAUAGUUCAAAAAUUACAGUAUCUUGAUGCUGUGAUAUGCGAAGGAUUAAGACUUUAUCCACCUGUUUUCAACUUUGUAACUCGUACACCACUGGAAGAUACCCAGUAUGACAGUAUUAGAAUUCCGAAGAACAUGUCCGUUCAGAUUCCCAUCUAUGCUCUACACUAUGAUUCUACAUACUGGAGUGCCCCUGAAAAAUUUGAUCCUGAAAGGUUUUUAUCAGAAAAUAAGAGAAAUGUCAAGACGGCUAUCUAUCAGCCUUUUGGAGCUGGUCCAAGAAAUUGCGUUGGCCUGCGGUUUGCUCAGAUGGAGAUGAAAAUAGCACUUGUAAAGCUUCUUCAAAAUUUCAAGUUUGCACCUUACGGUGGAAGCACUAAAACAGACUUGGAAAUAACAACAGCAAUAAGUACUAUGCGCCCAAAGAAAGGGGUUUUCCUUUAUGCCCAGAAAUGGGCAUAAACAUUUCAAGAAAAGUAUUUUAAGAAGAUUAAGAUGGAUAAAGCUCUUGUCAGUACCACAUCCUUUUACCAGAACUUGUAUCCUUGUACUUCCUUCUACCAGAUAUGUUCAGUGGACCUGAUAACAAUAUUUAACGCAAAGAGUUUUUUAUUGAAAAUAACGAAAAGAUACUGUGAUUUCCUGAUUUUUUCUGUGAUGUUCUGUAUUUAAGUGAAAUUUAUCAUUAAAAAUCUGUGAAGUUUUCUGAACGCU